AUAAACACGAGUAGGCCAACCACCCCACAACUCCUUUCUCAUCCAUUCCUCCUACUGUCCCUUUCUUCUUCUUCCUCCUUUCCUCUCAGCUCUCCCAUUGUCCCUCAUGUCAGCUACAGCAUCAUCAAAUGCUUCUGCAGAAGCACUUUCCAAUCUAAGAAUCGUAGUAGAAAGCAAUCCCUCUGAUUCACGAUUAUCUGAGUUGGGUAUUAACUCAUGGCCCAAAUGGGGGUGUCCGCCUGGAAAGUACACAUUGAAGUUUGACGCAGCGGAAACAUGUUAUCUGGUGAAAGGCAAGGUGAAGGUUUACCCUAGAAAAGGCUCAUCAUCAUCAUCGUCUUCUGAUGAGGAGUUUGUAAAUUUUGGUGCUGGGGACCUUGUGACCAUUCCCAAGGGACUCAGUUGCAUAUGGGACGUCUCAGUUGCUAUCGAUAAACACUACAAAUUCGAUUCUUCGUGAUCAUAUCAUCUUCAUCACCAUAAUUAAUUAGCUAAUUAAGCUAGCCAUCUUCUAUUAAUUAUUGUACGUAGCUUCUGGUUUAUGUUUAGCUAAUCAUGAAAUGCAUGUAACUAAGUAUAAUCUCCCACACAUUCUCUUAAUCUCCAGUCGUCGGAUCGAAUGAGUCGAAGAUGAUCAAAUGAUAGAAAUUAGUAAGGGUUGCGUAAAAAGUAAAAAUAUAUGUGUGGAUAGCACCACCAUUUUUACAAUGCACCUGUAUGUAUGAAUUUUGAUAAUCUCAAAAUAGGUGUUUAAGCAUCAUUACGCAUCUCAUACGUUGAUGAAAAAGUUGUAUUCAAGCUCUUUGGAUCCAAGAAAGAAAAGAAGGGAUUAAUACAGUGUAGUUCUACUUUUGUUAAUGCAAAGCGAUCUUGACUCCA